GUGGAAUAGAUUUACUGUUUCUGCCAAAGUAUUCAUAAGUAUACGAUGACAAGGUUUUGCGAAUGGUGACGUUACAUGACGUUUAAUGAUAAAAAAAACAAUCCUCAAGUUCAAACUUUGAGGCAAAGGACGUCCUAUUCACUUAUUCGUCAUUUAACAAUUAACCAUUUGAUUGAAUAUAACUCCCCAGUGUUCGCGGUUUUUUCAACAAAUUCAUAGACAAUGGCUGAACCACUAAGAGUAGUAGUAACUGGAGCUGCUGGUCAGAUCGCCUACUCUCUUCUCUACAUUGUGGCCAAGGGCGAUGUCUUCGGCCCCAAUCAGCCCAUCAUUCUCCAUUUACUCGACAUUCCACCCAUGAUGGGAGUGUUAGAAGGCGUGGUGAUGGAACUGGCCGAUUGCGCUCUACCCUUAUUGCACGGGGUGGUACCCACUGAUGAUCCAGCAGUCGCAUUUAAGGACGUUACCGCCGCCUUUUUGGUCGGAGCCAUGCCUCGCAAGCAAGGUAUGGAACGCAAAGAUCUGUUGAGCGCCAAUGUGAAAAUCUUCAAAGUACAAGGGGAAGCGUUGGACAAAUACGCGAAGAAAGAUGUUAAAGUGUUGGUGGUUGGAAAUCCAGCCAAUACUAACGCACUGAUUUGCUCACGUUAUGCCCCAUCAAUCCCCAAGGAGAACUUCACUGCGAUGACGCGUUUGGACCAAAACAGGGCACAAGCGCAAAUUGCGGCCAAAUUAGGAGUGCCGGUGCGUCAAGUCAGCAAUCUCAUCAUCUGGGGAAAUCAUUCCUCCACUCAGUUCCCUGAUGCUUCUCAUGCUUUGGUCAAUAUCAACGGCGCAAACACGGCUGUAGUUGAAGCAAUUAAAGACGCUGCGUGGUUGAAUUCCGUGUUUGUGGAAACUGUUCAAAAACGAGGAGCAGCUGUGAUCAAUGCGAGGAAAAUGUCGUCAGCAAUGUCUGCUGCUAAAGCCGCAUCUGACCAUAUGAGGGAUUGGUUCUUAGGCACUGAAGAUGGGCGAUUUGUGUCUAUGGGGGUGAUAAGCGAUGGCAGUUACUGCGCGCCUAAAGACGUAAUUUUCUCGUUCCCCGUUACAAUUAAGUGCGGCAAAUGGAAAAUUGUUCAGGAAUUGGGAAUCACGGACUUUGCCAGGAAAUUGUUGGACGCAACUGGAAAAGAACUGGAGGAGGAACGUCAAGAAGCCAUCCAGAUUAUCGAGGCAUGACUCGUCCACAAGCUUUAAAACGUUAAAACUAAAAAAAAAACUGUAGCAUAGCCUCUGAGCGCUAUAUCCCGAAGUGUUUUUAGCCCGAAGGUCCAAGUGUAAUUUUGAUUUGUGGCAUUUUCAUUGCUUAUUAGCUGUGUUUGAUAUUCAAUACUUUUCACACGAUGUUUUAGUUUUAACAUUUUAAUGCUCCUCGGAAAAUUCGUUUUCCUUUACUCAACCGAACAUUAUAAUUUACUGAAUUAUACUGUUUGAUGCUAUAGUUUUA